GUACGCGGCGAAGGUCAUCCACCUGGCCUCGCUCGCGCGGGCGGGCAGGAAAGAGAAGCAGAUGGCGCUGCUGCGGCGCGAGAUCCACAUCAUGCGCGAGCUGCACCACCCGAGGAUCGUGAAUCUCCACGAGGCCUUCUGGGUCGGUGAGGAGGGGCAGGACUUCGUGUGCGUCAUCGUCAUGGACCUGGCGCCGGGAGGGACCCUCUUCGAGAAGCUGCAGGCGGAGCUGCGGCUGCCGCGGGGCCCGGCGCCCUUCGGGGGCCUCGGCGGCGGCGAGGCGGCGUCGAGGCACGUCGUGGGGCAGCUGCUCACAGGAAUCAGCUACAUGCACGCGCAUAACGUCAUCCACCGCGACCUGAAGCUGGAGAACGUGAUGAUCGUGAGGAGCUUCCCGUCGCCCGAGCACGCGUGCCGGGAGCUGUGCGACGUCAAGAUUGCUGAUUUCGGCCUCUCGAAGGUCUUCGAGCAGUGCGCUGGGGCGCGGCAGCUGGCGGCCAUGCCCCGCAUGACCGCGGUGGGCACGCCCGACUACAUCGCGCCGGAGGUGCUCGACGAGAGCUACGACGAGCGCGCCGACGUCUGGAGCCUUGGCGUGAUCCUCUACGUCAUGCUGUGCGGCGAGUUUCCGUUUCACGUGCGGAGUCUGCGGCCCGACCGCCACAAGCAAGCAGUUUCCAAGGUGCACCACGGCCAGUCGUGGGGCUUCGUGUCCUCGGAGGCCCGCGACAUGGUGCAGGGGCUGCUCAAGGUCAGCGUCGACCAGCGGCUGAGCCUGAGCGAGGGUUCGCGGCACCCGUGGCUGGUGGGCGGGCAGCUCGGGACGGACGUGGCCGAGGCC